GCAUUACAUGAGCCGACGCGGAACUGCUCAGCUUAAUCCAUUUUUCAUUGCUACCGUCUCCGUCUUUUUAUCUGCGCAGUUUGUCGCAGCUGUGUCAGCAAGUGAAGACGGAGGGACGGGAGAGCCGGAGCGCAGCUCACUAGGGUUUAUUGUCCUUUAACAGCACUGGGGCUGUCUCAAGCUUUGGUACAGGCCAGAUGGCUGCGAUCGUCAGGCGCGUCGGCUGCCUAGUGCUUCUGAACUUGGUGAGACAGAAUAGGAAGACCUUUAAGACUGAGCUCCAAAGCCCUGUUGCCUCAGGUUUUCUUGGUGGAAAUACCGCAGUGAUGUCCGCAUUCAGUCUGCUGCACCUUGUGACUAAGAGCCAGCCUGUGGCCCUGCGGCCCUGUGGCCUUCCCUCAGGGUCAUGUAGGGAUAAAAAGACCUAUAAGGUGGUCUUCUCCCAGGAGGAGCUGAGGAAGCGUCUGACUCCGCUGCAGUACCAUGUUACUCAAGAGAGAGGCACAGAGAGUGCCUUCAGAGGAAAAUUCACAGACCACAAGGAAGAGGGAACAUACACAUGUGUUGUCUGUGGGACUCCCUUAUUCAAGUCCACAACCAAGUUUGACUCUGGGUCAGGAUGGCCUUCGUUCUUUGACUUGAUAACACCAGAGGCAGUCUGUCUCACUGAUGACUUCUCUUAUGGAAUGCACAGAGUUGAAACUAGUUGCAGUCAGUGUGGGGCACAUCUGGGACAUCUCUUUGACGAUGGCCCCCGUCCGACUGGCAAACGAUACUGUAUUAACUCUGCGUCCUUAGCCUUCUUGCUUGAGGCGCAAGCAUCUGGCACCUCUGGCACCUCGGCCUCCGGGGAGGGGGCAGGGAAGGAGGAGGGUGGGGGGCUUGAGAACAGCAGCUCAGGUGAGAAAGAUGGCAAGACAGAGCUGUGAGCCCCACUACACACUGGGCCUCUGUCACUCCAGAAAAACACAUCUCCAAUAAAACUGGGGUCAUCAGAAGAAUGGAUCUGAUCACUUACAAUAUCCAUAGGAAUGUUAUUCAGUAAAUAUUGAAGACUACAUUUUUUUGUUAUAUAUGCAUAUGAUCUCUCUCCCAAGUGUAGUAUGACUUGGAAUUGUGUGUUUUAUAUACAGUAUAUACACAUACUUUAUUAUAAUAUAAUCAGGGCUCUACUUACGAUGCUACAUGUCAGAAAUUGUGAAUCUCUUGACAGGCUUCUACUACAAUUUCUAGCAAAGUACUGUGACUGUAUUUUGACUUUCCAAGCGGUUUUUCUGUGUUUUACAGAAUUUCAAGAUUUCACUUUACAGAUACUGAGAUGAACAAUGUCAUUCAUUCCUUUUUCAAGUUGAUCAUCAUUACAUCUAUGAUCCAGCUUACCUGUACAUUUCCUUAUCUAGUUAGAAGAUAGAUAUUUUGUUAAACAAUAGAAAACAAUAGAAAACGUUAAGAAAUUGAAGCUUCACUUUUUCACUUUCCAGCACUCACUGUUAGGCCACACGUACAUGUUUGGUAUUGAUGCUUAUUAAAAAAAAAGACAAUUCAGCGAAGACUGAUGUCAGAAGACAAAUGCCAGCUCAUAUUUGCUCUGUUAUUAACACCAAGAGUUGUGAAUUUGAAUUUGUUGAGGUGUUCUCAACUUUAGCCAAGUUUUAAGCAAGUUUUUGGAUUUCUUUUCAAACCAUACGCAGGUAACAGGUUUUUGAUAACGGGUUGCCACUGUUGCAGUGUUAUGUGACUGUUUUACAUUAUAGCACUUAAAAUGAUGCAAAAUGUUGCUUUUCAUAAUUUCGGCAUUUAUAUUCUAAAUUAAUUAAAUAGCGUUGGAAAAUAAAUAGCAUUGGAACUGUUAAAUUACUGUUAUGAAAAUAUUUUUUUUCUUUACUGUACUUUACAUUUUGCUGUCUUGCUUUCUCUGCCACUCUGCUGCAAUUUUUUCAUAUUUUUACCACAGUUUAGGUAGGGCCAUAGAUAUCAUGUUAUUUUUGAAGUGACAUUUGAUACUGAAAAUAUGAAGGUUUAAGGAAAAGCCUAUGCAAGUACAUUCUGAGCUGUAAAAUGAGCAUCAAGUAGAGAACAAAGCAUUCUUUCAAAUAAAAUGGAACAGAUGACAAAUGUUUAGUCUGAGCAUAAAUGUAACCCGGCUUUUUAAGGGUGUUUUUUUUCCCUCUGUGGUUUGAUUCUUCUUGCUGUGUUUUGAAUAUUUUCCCUGUUUUGAAUCCCAGACACUGUAUUAGGAAUAGUCUUGUAAUUAAAUAAAACUUUAGACGGUUGAUACAUUUGAA